AUGUCUGACGAAAAAAGGAUUUAUCUCAGUGGUUAUGCAAAACGAAAAUUAAAGAAGGAGGCUGAAGAUGCAGUAAGCAAAUUACCUAAAUUAACGAAUUUUUUUAAAACUUUCAACAGUGUGAACGAAGUUGAAGAAGAAGCUAAUACAAAUAAUAAAGAUGAUUUGGUUACUAAACAUCGUAUAGACAAAACUAUGGCCGAAAAAAUGUUGAAUGAAAAUAAGUAUUGGGUUAAAGUGUUGCACCGUGUAGUAUCAGUUGUUAAAUUUUUGGUUGUUCGUGGGUUAACAUUUGAAAUUAAUGACUCACGGUUGGGUUCUCCGAGUAAUGGAAAUUUUCUUGGAAUUCUUGAAGUUAUUUCCGAAUUUGAUCCCUUUUUAAAACAACAGAUGAAUGAACGCGCUAAUAAAGGAUCAGGCAAUGUAUCUUAUUUUUCGAUGCGUAUUUGUAACGAAAUAAUUGACCUAAUGGUAAAUGAAAUUUUAUUAGAAAAAACUAAACAGUUACAAGAAACUAAAUACUUCGGUCUAAUUUUAGAUUCUACUCCAGAUAGAGCACAUAGAGAUCAAUUUGCUGUUGUUGUUAGAUACUGUUAUAAAGGGUUAGUAGUUGAGCGAUUCUUAACAUACAUUCAUAUAUUAAACCAUACUGGUAUUUCAAUGGCCGAAGAAGUAAUACAUUUUUCGGAAAAUAAUAAUAUUAAUUUGCAAUAUUGUAGAGGCCAAUCAUAA